AUGGCUGCGGCGGACCCGCCGGCUGGUCUCUUGGACAUCGCCAGCACCCUCUCCCAGGAUGAGAUUCCUUUCAAGCUGCGAUGCGCCAUCUGCAACAAGCUGGCGGUGAACGCGUUUCGCCUGCCUUGUUGUGACCAGUCUAUAUGCGAGGCCUGCCAAACUUCACUCUCGGACACUUGCCCCGUAUGCGCCCAUACCCCCGUCUCUCCCGACCUCUGCAAGCCCAACAAAGCUCUGCGCACCACCUUGAAAGUCUUUUUGCGAACCGAAGAGAAAAAGCGCGAGAAGGAACGCCAGUCCGCCACCGCUACCCCCACCCCAGCGGUAGAGACCCCGGCACCAAGCGAGCAGCCUCCUAUCGAAGCCCCCGUCGAGCAGAAUGGGACUGCAGAUAUUGUGGCCCAGGUGCCUAAUGCAUCUCAACGCGACGGCGAGGUCGAGGCAGAAGCUACUGCAUCGGAUCGCCCUCCGAUCGAAGAUGCUCUCGCGGAAAGCAAAGCAUCAGACGCGGUGGAAAACAAUGCCACCGAAACUGCCCCACUGGUCUCUGAGUCCGAGGCCAUUGACCAACCCACCGAAAUUACUCCGGUCGUCGAUGAAGCCAAAGAGCUUAACAACGGAGAAGAUACGGCCGAGUCCGAAUCCGUUCAGCCCUCAGAGAACCUACCUCAGCAACCAAACGGCAACAUGAUGAACAUGGGCCAAGGUGGCUUCCAAGGCAUGGGUUGGAACGGGAUGAACCCCUUCAUGUCCAACAUGUCGAACAUGUUCAACUUUCAAAACCCAAUGGGCAUGCACAUGUCAAUGGACCCAAUGGCCGCAAAUCAGGGGAUGUUCGGAGAUUACGGAAUGAACAUGGCUGGAAUGGGCAUGGGCAUGGGCAUGGGAAUGAAUUACAACGGGCAGAGCAUGUAUGGAUCGUCAGGAUGGGAUGGCUCAUGGCAGAAUGGUCAAGAUAAUUACAAUCCAAAUGCUUUUGCAAAUGGCGGUGGCCCUCAUGGAGCAUUUGGCGGGUCUAAUAUGUCUUACCCUUCUAACCCGGACUACCAGUCUGGCUACUCCGGCCAAGGAUACGGUCGUGGAGGAUACCGAGGUGGGCGCGGUGGCUUCCAGGGCUCUGCCCGCGGCGGAGGCUUUGCUUCUGGCCAGGCAAUUCACAACACAAAUGCGGAAUCAGAAAUUGCGGUGACAUCUAAUGGAACUGAUAACGCUGAUAACCCUGUUCUCAAUGGAGAAGGUCCUCAUGCCAACGAGAAUGGCGGUCCUGAUUCAGUAUCCCAAGAAACCGCACAUGAAGGCAAGCCAGAGCCUGUGUCGGAUGAACAAGGAGCAGUAGGCCAACAACUACAAGGUAUCCCCACCAUUGAAACUCUGGAUCAAUCUAUGCCAAAUAGCAAUUCCGGCUGGCAAGGCCCUGGGUAUGGCCGUGGUGGGUUCCAAGGCCCUGCUGGUCGCGGCCGUGGCUACUGGGGUGGCCAAAUGCCCAUGAACGGCGGUUAUCAACCUCCCAUGCCACCAAAAGCAGCGCCGGUCGUUGAAGGGGCACCGGCUGCCCCAAGAGGCAUGCGUCAAGGCCUUCCUAAUACUAGCAUGCUUCGACAGCGGGCUUUCCAGCAGGGCCGAGGGCCGGGGGGUAACAAGAUGCCAGUAUUGUCGCAAGGUGGGGAUUCUGAAACCCCCCAAGACCACACACAACCGGGAUCUCCCACCCAACCACAAUCUCAAACACAGCAGCCUGGUUCAAAGUCUCGAUCCUCAUCCCAAGCCCGAUCUUCCGGUGCUCGCUCACCCGCAGCUAACUCGGUCAACGGCGACGAAAUGAAUUCCCGAGAGCAUGAUUUAAAGCGAUCUGACGAUAUUCAAAAUGGCCAUACUAACGGUCAUCGUUCCUCAGGUGGGCCAGACCGUAAUAAUGGAAGAGGUCGCCGAGAUGAAUAUCGUCCACGACGAUCCCACGGCCACCGCAGUCACGCCAAUAGCCGCAGCCGCAGCCGUAGUCGCAGCCACAGUCCAGUGAAGAAUGGCGACUCUCGCCAUUCCAGCCGCCUCCCACCUGCCAUCGACGACAAGCGACUUAACAAACUCAAGGAAACAUCGGAGACAAGCGAUUCCCGUGACCUAGCCAGUCGAGUGAGCAGUCACCGUUCGAGCAAGGAGCGAUCUUCUCGUCGUGAUGACGACCGCGAACGAGAGAGAGAUGGAGAUACCGAUAGAGCCCGUCCUAGUCGUCGUCGUGACCGUGAGCAUCCCGCCGAGAUCGAUCCGCGUCCGCCAACGCAAGCGACCACUCCUCACGUCCACAACCCCGACGACCCAAGCGUGAACCAAACAACGACCGCCCCCGAGCCCGUACCUCCAAAGAAAGCUCCAAGGAUAAACCCAAGGAAGCCGAGAAAGAUCCCUACACACUCGCUCGUGAAGCUGCCAAUCGCGAACGUGUCCUGA